UGAGUGGAGCCUCGGGAAGGAGCCGCUCUGCUCUGUUGCCUGGGUCUCUGUGGGCAGCAUCGGAGGGGGCACGGAGGGAGGAGGCGGCGGCAGAGAGGAGGGAGGCGUGUGAGCCACGCUCCUGGGCUCGCUCCUUCCCAGCUGCUCCCGCCUGGCAGUGCCCGGGCUCUCCACACCAGCAUGGCCCUGCUCGUCCACCUCAAGACGGUCUCGGAGCUGCGGGGCAAGGGCGACCGGAUCGCCAAAGUGACUUUCCGAGGGCAGUCCUUCCACUCCCGGGUCCUGGAGAACUGCGAGGAUGUGGCUGACUUCGACGAGAUCUUCCGGUGGCCGGUGGCCAGCAGCAUCGACAACAAUGAGGUGCUCGAGAUUCAGAUCUUCAACUACAGCAAAGUCUUCAGCAACAAGCUCAUCGGGACCUUCCGCAUGGUGCUGCAGAAGGUGGUAGAGGAGAGCCACGUGGAGGUGACCGACACGCUGAUUGAUGACAACAACGCUAUCAUCAAGACCACCCUGUGCGUGGAGGUCCGGUAUCAGGACACAGACGGCACCGUGGGCUCCUGGGAUGACGGGGACUUCCUGGGAGACGGGUCCCUUCAGGAGGAAGAGAAGGACAGCCAGGAGACGGAUGGUCUGCUUCCCGGCUCCCGCCUCAGCUCCCGGCCACCGGGCGAGAAGAGCUUCCGGAGCAAAGGCAAAGAGAAGACCAAGGGAGGCAGAGAUGGCGAGCACAAAACCGGGAGGAGCGUGUUCUCCGCCAUGAAGCUCGGGAAGAACCGGCUCCACAAGGAGGAAACCCACAGACAAGAUGAACCAGCAGUGCUGGAGAUGGACGACCUUGACCGCCUGGGCAUUCGCCUGGCAGAGGGGAUGGAUCCAGACUCCGUGUCUCUAGCUUCUGUGACAGCUCUCACCACCAAUGUCUCCAACAAGCGAUCCAAGCCAGACAUUAAGAUGGAGCCAAGUGCCGGGCGGCCCAUGGAUUACCAGGUCAGCAUCACGGUGAUCGAGGCGCGGCAGCUGGUGGGCCUGAACAUGGACCCCGUGGUGUGCGUGGAGGUGGGCGACGACAAGAAGUACACGUCUAUGAAGGAGUCCACUAACUGCCCCUACUACAAUGAGUACUUCGUCUUCGACUUCCACGUCUCUCCUGACGUCAUGUUCGACAAGAUCAUCAAGAUCUCGGUGAUUCACUCCAAGAACCUGCUGCGCAGCGGCACCCUGGUGGGGUCCUUCAAAAUGGACGUGGGGACCGUGUACUCCCAGCCCGAGCAUCAGUUCCACCACAAGUGGGCCAUCCUGUCCGACCCCGACGACAUCUCGGCUGGGCUAAAGGGCUACGUGAAGUGUGACGUCGCAGUGGUGGGCAAGGGGGACAACAUCAAGACGCCCCACAAGGCCAACGAGACGGAGGAGGAUGACAUCGAGGGGAACUUGCUGCUCCCCGAUGGUGUGCCUGCCGAACGCCAGUGGGCCCGCUUCUACGUGAAGAUCUACCGGGCAGAGGGGCUGCCCCGUAUGAACACCAGCCUCAUGGCCAACGUGAAGAAGGCGUUCAUCGGGGAGAACAAGGACCUGGUUGACCCCUACGUGCAGGUCUUCUUUGCUGGCCAGAAGGGCAAGACCUCGGUGCAGAAGAACAGCUACGAGCCGCUGUGGAAUGAGCAGGUCGUCUUCACGGACCUGUUCCCCCCGCUCUGCAAACGCAUGAAGGUGCAGAUCCGCGACUCGGACAAGGUCAACGACGUGGCUAUCGGCACCCAUUUCAUUGACCUGCGCAAGAUCUCCAACGACGGGGACAAAGGCUUCCUGCCCACGCUGGGCCCGGCCUGGGUGAACAUGUACGGCUCCACACGCAACUACACGCUGCUGGACGAGCACCAGGACCUGAACGAGGGCCUGGGUGAGGGCGUGUCCUUCCGUGCCCGCCUCAUGCUGGGCCUGGCUGUGGAGAUCCUGGACACCUCCAACCCUGAGCUCACCAGCUCCACGGAGGUGCAGGUGGAGCAGGCCACGCCUGUGUCAGAGAGCUGCGCGGGGAAAAUCGAAGAAUUCUUUUUAUUCGGAGCCUUUCUGGAAGCCUCAAUGAUCGACCGGAAAAACGGAGAAAAGCCAAUUACCUUUGAGGUCACCAUAGGCAACUAUGGGAAUGAGGUGGAUGGCCUGUCCCGACCCCAGCGGCCGCGACCUCAGAAGGAGCCCGGGGAUGAGGAGGAAGUGGAUCUGAUCCAGAACUCGAGUGACGAUGAGACGGAGGAGGGUGGGGACCUGGCCUCAGUCUCCUCCACCCCACCCAUGCGGCCCCAGAUCACCGACAGGAACUACUUCCACCUGCCCUACCUGGAGCACAAGCCCUGCAUCUACAUCAAGAGCUGGUGGCCAGACCAGCGCCGUCGCCUCUACAACGCCAACAUCAUGGACCACAUAGCAGACAAGCUGGAGGAAGGCCUGAACGACGUGCAGGAGAUGAUCAAAACGGAGAAGUCCUACCCCGAGCGCCGACUGCGGGGCGUCCUGGAGGAGCUGAGCUGUGGCUGCCGCCGUUUCCUCUCCCUCGCCGACAAGGAUCAGGGCCACAUGUCCCGUACCAGGCUGGACAGGGAGCGCCUCAAAUCGUGCCUGCGGGAGCUGGAGAGCAUGGGGCAGCAGGCGAAGACCCUGCGGGCGCAGGUGAAGCGCCACACGGUGCGGGACAAGCUGAGGCUGUGCCAGAACUUCCUGCAGAAGCUGCGCUUCCUGGCGGACGAGCCCCAGCACAGCAUCCCCGACGUCUUCAUCUGGAUGAUGAGCAACAACAAACGCAUCGCCUACGCCCGGGUGCCCUCCAAGGACCUGCUCUUCUCCAUGGUGGAGGAAGAGCUGGGCAAGGACUGCGCCAACUGGGGCUCAGAGUUUGGCUCUGGCUUCUUCAAAGGGCCGCUGCCCGGCAAGCGGGGCUUCGGCUCGAUGGGCUGGACGGUGCAGGCCAAGGUGGAGCUCUACCUGUGGCUGGGCCUCAGCAAGCAGCGCAAGGACUUCCUGUGCGGCCUGCCCUGCGGCUUCGAGGAGGUGAAAGCGGCCCAGGGCCUGGGCCUGCACUCCUUCCCACCCAUCAGCCUGGUCUACACCAAGAAGCAGGUGUUCCAGCUCCGGGCGCACAUGUACCAGGCCCGCAGCCUCUUCGCCGCGGACAGCAGCGGCCUCUCGGACCCUUUCGCCCGUGUCUUCUUCAUCAACCAGAGUCAGUGCACAGAGGUGCUGAAUGAGACCCUGUGCCCCACCUGGGACCAGAUGCUGGUGUUCGACAACCUGGAGCUGUACGGCGAGGCUCAUGAGUUGCGGGAUGAUCCCCCCAUCAUUGUCAUUGAAAUCUACGACCAGGACAGCAUGGGCAAAUGCGACUUCAUGGGCCGGACCUUCGCCAAGCCCGUGGUGAAGAUGGCUGACGAGGCGUACUGCCCGCCCCGCUUCCCGCCCCAGCUCGAGUACUACCAGAUCUACCGCGGCAACGCCACGGCCGGAGACCUUCUGGCCGCCUUCGAGCUGCUGCAGAUCGGGCCAGCAGGAAAGGCCGACCUGCCACCCAUCAAUGGCCCGGUGGACACAGAUCGCGGUCCCAUCAUGCCCGUUCCCGUGGGCAUCCGGCCCGUGCUCAGCAAAUACCGAAUCGAGGUGCUGUUCUGGGGCCUGCGGGACCUGAAGCGGGUGAACCUGGCCCAGGUGGACCGGCCGAGGGUGGACAUCGAGUGUGCGGGGAAGGGGGUACAGUCAUCCAUGAUCCACAAUUACAAGAAGAACCCCAACUUCAGCACCCUUGUCAAGUGGUUUGAAGUGGACCUCCCGGAGAACGAGCUACUGCACCCGCCCUUGAACAUCCGUGUGGUGGACUGCCGGGCCUUCGGCCGCUACACCCUGGUGGGCUCCCACGCCGUUAGCUCCCUUCGGCGCUUCAUCUACCGGCCCCCGGACCAUUCAGCCCCCAACUGGAACAGCACCGGGGAGGUCGUGGUGAACAUGGAGCCAGAGGUGCCCGUCAAGAAGCUGGAGACCAUGGUGAAGCUGGACGCGACUUCUGAUGCCGUCAUCAAGGUGGAUGUGGCUGACGAGGAGAAGGAGAAGAAGAAGAAGAAGAAGAAGGGCAGCUCGGACGAGCCGGAGGAGGAGGAGCCGGAUGAGAGCAUGCUGGACUGGUGGUCCAAGUACUUCGCCUCCAUCGACACCAUGAAGGAGCAACUUCGACAGCAAGAUGCCUCAGGAAUGGACUCGGAGGAGAAAGAGGAGAUGGACAACAUUGAGGGCCUGAAGGGGCCGAUGAAGAAGGCAAAGGCCGCAAAGGAGGAGAAGAAGAAGAGAACCCAGAGUCCCGGGCCUGGCCAGGGGCCUGAGGCCCCUGAGAAGAAGAAAUCCAAGAUUGACGAGCUCAAGGUGUACCCCAAGGAGCUGGAGGCAGAGUUCGACCACUUCGAGGACUGGCUGCACACCUUCAACCUGCUUCGAGGCAAGACAGGCGAUGACGAAGAUGGCUCCACCGAGGAGGAGCGCAUCGUCGGCCGGUUCAAGGGCUCCCUCUGCAUGUACAAAGUGCCACUCCCAGAGGAUGUGUCCCGGGAAGCCGGAUACGACCCCACCUAUGGCAUGUUCCAGGGCAUUCCCAGCAACGACCCCAUCAACGUGCUGGUCCGAGUCUAUGUGGUCCGGGCCACAGACCUGCACCCGGCAGACAUCAACGGCAAAGCGGACCCCUACAUCGCCAUCCGGCUGGGCAAGACUGACAUCCGGGACAAGGAGAACUACAUCUCCAAGCAGCUCAACCCUGUCUUUGGGAAGUCCUUCGACAUCGAGGCGUCCUUCCCCAUGGAAUCCAUGCUGACGGUGUCCGUGUAUGACUGGGACCUGGUCGGCACCGAUGACCUCAUCGGGGAAACCAAGAUUGACCUGGAGAAUCGCUUCUACAGCAAGCACCGCGCCACCUGCGGCAUCGCCCAGACCUACUCCAUACACGGCUACAAUAUCUGGCGGGACCCCAUGAAGCCCAGCCAGAUCCUGACCCGCCUGUGCAAGGAGGGCAAAGUGGACGGCCCCCACUUCGGGCCCCCCGGGAGGGUGAAGGUGUCCAACCGCGUCUUCACCGGGCCCUCCGAGAUGGAAGAUGAGAACGGUCAGAGGGGGCCCACGGAUGAGCACGUGGCGCUGUGCGCCCUGCGGCACUGGGAGGACAUCCCCCGAGUGGGCUGCCGUCUGGUGCCGGAGCACGUGGAGACACGGCCGCUGCUCAACCCUGACAAGCCGGGAAUCGAGCAGGGCCGCCUGGAGCUGUGGGUGGACAUGUUCCCCAUGGACAUGCCGGCCCCUGGGACGCCUCUGGACAUCUCCCCCCGGAAGCCCAAGAAGUACGAGCUGCGGGUCAUCGUGUGGAACACGGAUGAGGUGGUCCUGGAGGACGAUGACUUCUUCACUGGGGAGAAGUCCAGCGACAUUUUUGUGCGGGGGUGGGUGAAGGCCCCGGCUGGGGGCAUGGGCAGGGGGGGGGCAUGGGGUGGGGGGGACGCCGACCACUUCUCCGCCGACGACUUCCUGGGGGCCAUCGAGCUGGACCUGAACCGGUUCCCCCGGGGCGCGAAGACGGCCAAGCAGUGCACCAUGGAGAUGGCCACGGGGGAGGUGGACGUGCCCCUGGUCUCCAUCUUCAAGCAGAAGCGUGUCAAAGGCUGGUGGCCCCUCCUGGCCCGCGAUGAGAAUGACGAGUUCGAGCUCACGGGCAAGGUGGAGGCAGAGUUGCAUCUCCUGACAGCGGAGGAGGCGGAAAAGAAUCCAGUGGGCAUUGCCCGCAACGAACCUGACCCCCUAGAGAAACCCAACCGGCCCGACACCGCCUUCGUCUGGUUCCUCAACCCCCUCAAGUCCAUCAAGUACCUCAUCUGCACGCGGUACAAGUGGCUCAUCAUCAAGAUCGUGCUGGCGCUGCUGGCGCUGCUCAUGCUGGGCCUCUUCCUCUACAGCCUCCCCGGCUACAUGGUCAAGAAGCUCCUGGGGGCGUGAGGUCCCUGCAUCCUCCCCGGGGCACCCCUCCUGGGCCUGUGCGUUUUCCCCUCCCCUGGCGUGGGCUUUCCAGACUCCCUGGGGAGCCUCAGGAGCCCCUGUCCACCCUCCAGGCCUCGGGUCCAAGGAGCCCCCCUGCACAUCCUCUCCUCCUCAAGCCAGCUGCUCCCGGGGCCCUGCCCCUCUGGUCCUGCCUGUGGGUGGGGGGUCUGCCCCACCUGGCUGAGGCACCCCCCUUCUUCAGGCCCCGGCUCCAGAGGAAGCCACCCCAAACCCUCCCCCAGGCCUUCCAGUCAAGGACUAAAGCUUUAAUGAAAUUAUCUGAGAAUCAUGCAUGGGCCAGGGCCCAGGGCGUUCUAAAAAUAUGAGCAAAAAGCAUCACCCUCCGCUCCCCUCUGACAUAGCCUGUGAGGGCAGUGGCACCACCAGUCUUUAUCCUACACGAGUGGGCAGACCUUCCGAGAGUGGGCAGACCUUCUGACUAACCCUGGGGGUGGCUCCUCCUCCUGCCGGGGCAGCCGUUUACCACCCCCCCUUGCCCAGCUGUGAGGUUUUAUCCAUGCCCAGAACUUCCUCUGCCAGGCUAGUGCCCUCCCCGCCCUGCCCAGCGGGCCCCUCCAGGCCCUCCAGUGGCAGCGGGCCUUUGCACUGGAAGUGCUGCCCUGCCUGCGUGAGCUGGGUUUCACUUGGCUGUCUUUCCUUUCUUGAGUGGUGAUUUUUCUCUUAAUAAAAGAAAUCCAACACUGAGCUGACGAGUCUGCUCAAGUAGGGGGUCAGGAGUGGGGUGCAGGGCCGGCGGGCACUCGGAGGUUGGCGAACUCGGCACCAGCCGGCCCCUCUGGCUUUCCCUGUGGGUGGCCUCGUGGCCCGGGG